AUCCUGAGAUGUCCACAAUACCUCCAUCUCCCUUAUACCUUACUAAAAUCGUAUCUUUCUUUGCUUUUUAUGUGCUAGAAAGAGGUUUUGCCAUAGCUUAUGGAGGAGACGAUUCUCCUACUAGUCUUAAUUCUACAUUAAUAGUUUUAAUGUUAGUACGACUAACGGCGUAUCAAAUUCCCACACAAAUAUUAAAGUCGAAUAAUUCUCAGACAUUAAUUCAAACUUCAACAUCGCGAGAACUUAUAUGCAAUCCGCCGUCGAAGACAACGGGACCAACUGCCGCAAACGAUCUCGAGAAAGACAUGUCCACUGGAACCUUGCAAAUGUUUAACAUUAAGGAUACCACAAAUUUGUCAAAGAAAAGCAUCGACAAAAUAUCUCAAGACUUAAUACAUUAUUGA